AUGAAGACUCUUCAGUUUCUACCAUUCCUUUGCUUUGCUGUCAUUCUCUUGGUCAGCCCAUUUGAAUGUGCAUCUACGAACCAGAAUGACUCGGAGUAUUGGAACCAGUUGUCGAGUGAGGCACUGCACGCCUCACUGCUGAACAAAUACAACCAGGCAGCAAAGAAUGUCAUCCUCUUCCUGGGCGACGGAAUGGGCAUCAGUACCGUCACCGCGGCACGCACGCUGAAAAGGCAAAACGAACAACUCGACGAGCUGGGCUUUGAGAAGUUCCCCAAUGUGGCCAUGGUCAAGACGUACAAUGUCGACUACACAGUGGCCGACUCAGCGGGGACAGCCACAGCCUACCUGUCGGGCGUCAAAACAAACAAGGGCGUCAUCGGGGUGAAUGGAAACAUCAAGCGAAAGGACCAGGACUGUGAGAACAUUCUUCGCAACCGAGUCAACUCGGUGUUCACGCAUGCAAUCGCAAGUGGCAAAAGCACCGGAAUCGUCACCACAACUCGACUGACUGAUGCUACUCCGUCAGGAGCGUAUGCUCACGUGUCUGACCGAGAUUACGAAGGCUCAUCGCCGAUCACAGACCCCCGAUGCAAAGACAUCGCCAGACAGCUGAUUGAAGACUCGCCUGGUUCAGAGUUUAAUGUCAUCCUCGGAGGAGGAAAAAUCGAUAAGGCCCACCACGAAAAUCAGGCAUUUCUAGCUUUGUACGACACACUAGCAUUUGAUCGAGCCAUCAACCGAGCGCUGAACAUGAUCAAUCUAAUGGAAACACUGGUCAUCGUCACUGCUGAUCACUCGCAUGGAUUCACACUGAACGGCUAUGCAAAGAGGGAUUCAAACAUUUUCGGAUUUGCAGAGAAGAAGAGUAAUGGAACUGCCUACACUUCGUUGAUGUACGCAACUGGACCGGGAAAUAGGGCGAAAGCUAAUGAAACGAUUCAGGAAACAGGUUAG